CUAGAGCCUAUUCAUUGCAGUCUCUUCUCUCCAUUGAUCAACACAUCUCUUGACUAUAAAUGUAUGUGUACAGAAAAUAUAGAAAAGCUACUUCCUUUGCACAUCUCUUUCUCUAAUUAGUCAAGAGACAAAAGAAAAACACAAGGAGUAAGAACAAAGUAAAGAACCCCCAGACUUUAGAAAAAAAAAUUCACACCUUUGGUGAAAAAGGGGUUUGGAUUUAGAUUUUGGAAUUGGAAUUGGGGUUUAGGAAAUAGUGUUGUUUGCUGUUUUGGGGAGUGAUGAUGGACAGUGGAGAGGUUUACAGAGUAGCAAGUUUAAGAAGGAAUAGUUCAUCAAUAUGGAGGAAUAAUUCAGGUGAAGUGUUUUCAAGAUCAUCUAGAGAUGAAGAUGAUGAAGAAGCAUUAAAAUGGGCUGCUUUGGAGAAACUACCAACUUAUAAUCGUAUAAGAAAAGGGAUUCUAACUGGACAAGAUGGUGUUGAAACUAAAGAAAUUGAUAUUCAGAAUCUUGGGUUUCAAGAGAAAAAGCAGUUAAUUGAGAGAUUAUUGAGAGUUGCUGAAGAAGAUAAUGAGAAGUUUUUGCUUAAACUCAAAAAUCGAAUUGAUAGAGUUGGAAUUGACAUUCCAACAAUUGAAGUAAGGUAUGAGCAUCUAACUAUAGAUGCAGAAGCUUAUAUUGGUGGCAGAGCUUUACCAACAAUUCUCAACUAUGCUGCAAAUUAUGUAGAGGUAAAAAAAAUAUUCUUUGCAAGUGUUUUUGAUUUGUGUAGUUCCCUUUUUUGUGUCUGGGUUCUGAAAUUUCUCAUUUUGGGUUCAUUUUGGCAGGGUUUUUUGAGUUUUCUACAUAUUCUGCCAAGUAGACAGAAACCCAUUAGAAUCCUGAAUGAUAUUAGUGGAAUCAUCAAGCCUUGCAGACUGACACUGCUAUUAGGACCACCAAGUUCUGGAAAGACUACUCUACUCUUGGCUUUAGCUGGGAAGCUUGAUAGAAAUCUUAAGGUAUCUGGGAAAGUGACUUAUAAUGGGCAUGAAAUGGAUGAGUUUGUUCCUCAAAGAACAUCAGCAUAUAUCAGUCAAUAUGAUCUUCAUAUCGGAGAAAUGACUGUCAGAGAAACCUUGGCUUUUUCGGCGAGAUGUCAAGGAGCUGGAACCGGUUAUGAUAUGUUGACUGAACUAUCAAGAAGAGAAAAAGCAGCAAAUAUCAAACCUGAUCCGGAUAUUGAUGUCUACAUGAAGUCAGCAGCAUUGGAAGGGCAAGAAGCAAGUGUGGUCACAGACUAUAUUUUAAAGAUUUUGGGGCUGGAAAUUUGUGCUGAUACCAUGCUGGGUGAUGAAAUGGUGAGGGGUGUCUCUGGUGGCCAAAAGAAGCGUGUUACAACAGGGGAAAUGCUGGUUGGACCUGCAAGGGCAUUGUUCAUGGACGAGAUAUCUACUGGUCUAGACAGUUCGACGACAUUUCAGAUUGUGAAUUCAAUUAGGCAAACCAUCCAUAUUAUGAAUGGAACUGCUGUGAUCUCUCUUCUUCAGCCAGCACCAGAAACAUAUGAUCUGUUCGAUGACAUUAUUCUAAUCUCGGAUCAGCAGAUUGUUUACCAGGGUCCCCGUGAAAAUGUUCUUGAUUUUUUUGAAUCUAUGGGCUUCAAAUGUCCAGAGAGGAAAGGAGUUGCAGACUUCUUGCAAGAAGUGACAUCGAAAAAAGAUCAGAGACAGUACUGGGCGCGUAAAGAUGAGCCUUAUACUUUUAUUCCAGUGAAAGAUUUUGCUGAGGCUUUCCAGUCGUUUCAUGUUGGUCGACAAUUAGGCGACGAACUAGCCACUCCUUUCAACAAAGCAAAGAGCCACCCGGCUGCUUUAACAACAGAGAGAUACGGAAUUAGCAAGAAGGAACUUCUGAAAGCUUGUACUGCAAGAGAGUAUUUAUUGAUGAAGAGGAAUUCGUUCGUUUACAUCUUCAAAUUGUUUCAACUUCUGAUAACAGCUGUAAUAGGAAUGACACUCUUCUUGCGUACUGAAUUGAACAAAGACACCAUUAAUGAUGGUGGAGUUUAUCUGGGAGCGCUGUUCUUUGGUCUGACAGUGAUUUUGUUUAACGGAUUUUCGGAACUUGCAAUGACUGUUGUAAAGCUUCCCGUCUUUUACAAGCAAAGAGACCUGCUUUUCUUUCCAGCAUGGGCUUAUGCUAUUCCUACAUGGAUCCUCAAAAUUCCUGUGACAAUUGCAGAAGUUUUUGUGUGGGUCUUUGUCACUUACUAUGUAAUUGGAUUCGACCCAAACGUUGAAAGGCUGUUUAGACAGUUCUUUCUGCUCCUGUUUCUUCACCAGGUGGCUUCAGGACUAUUCAGAACAGUUGCAGGACUUGGGAGAAACAUGGUUGUUGCAAAUACAGUUGCCUCGUUUGUGUUAGUCAUUCUUUUGGCUUUCAGUGGUUUCAUUUUGUCACGAGUAAAUGUAAAAAAAUGGUGGAUAUGGGGAUAUUGGAUAUCUCCAUUGAUGUAUGGAAUGAAUGGACUUGCAGUUAACGAGUUGCUUGGGCAUAGUUGGGACAAGACUCUUCCCGGUGUUCCCGGUGUUGCAGAGAGACUGGGAACUGCUGUUUUGAAAUCACGUGGAUUCUAUACAGGACCAUAUUGGUACUGGAUUGGAGUAGGGGCGUUGUUCGGAUAUGUUCUCUUAUUAAACGUGUUUUUCACUCUGGCACUUACUUAUCUAAGCCCAUUUGCACAGGUUCAGGCUGUAGCUGAAGAUCCACAAUCUGAACAAACAGGAGAAGAGAUGGGCUCAUUAUCUAGGAAAAAGAGCUCAACAAGCCGUCGAAGUAGAGAAAGGAGUGAAGAGAUAAAGAGAAGUAUGUCAUCAAAUGUAUCUGAUGAUGCUAAUCCGAACAGAAAACGUGGAAUGGUACUUCCAUUUCAACCUCAUUCUAUCACUUUUGACGACAUUACAUAUGCGGUCGACAUGCCAGCGGAAAUGAAAGCUCAAGGAGUCACCGAAGAUAGGUUGGAGCUCCUUAAGGGUGUCAGUGGAGCUUUUAGGCCCGGAGUUCUUACAGCUUUGAUGGGUGUUAGUGGUGCUGGUAAGACUACUCUUAUGGAUGUCUUGGCAGGAAGAAAAACUGGUGGAUAUAUUGAAGGAAGCAUCACAAUAUCUGGCUACCCAAAGAAACAAGAAACGUUCGCUCGUAUUUCUGGAUACUGUGAACAGAACGAUAUUCAUUCUCCCUUUGUGACUGUCUAUGAGUCAAUUACGUAUUCUGCUUGGCUUCGGUUACCUAAUGAUGUUGAUCCUGCGACAAGAAAGAUGUUCGUUGAAGAAGUUAUGGAGUUAGUAGAACUGACUCCGUUGCGGGGAGCAUUGGUUGGGCUGCCCGGUGUGAAUGGUCUCUCAACUGAACAGAGGAAGAGGUUAACCAUUGCAGUUGAGCUUGUUGCAAACCCAUCUAUAAUUUUUAUGGAUGAACCAACAUCUGGGCUUGAUGCGAGGGCAGCAGCCAUUGUGAUGAGAGCAGUGAGGAACACUGUUGAUACAGGAAGAACUGUUGUGUGCACCAUUCACCAACCCAGUAUUGAUAUAUUUGAAGCUUUCGAUGAGUUGUUCCUAAUGAAGCGGGGAGGGGAGGAAAUAUACGUUGGUCCAUUGGGUCGCCAUUCUUGCCAUCUGAUCAGUUACUUUGAGGGAAUCGAAGGGGUCAGUAAAAUUAAAGAUAGGUAUAAUCCAGCAACAUGGAUGUUGGAGGUUACUUCAGCUGGACAAGAAAGUGGCCUAGGUGUUAACUUCACUGAAUUAUACCAAAACUCGGAACUUUAUAGGAGGAACAAACAGCUCAUCAAGGAUCUAAGUGUCCCUCCUCCUGGUACAAAAGACCUUUUUUUCCCAACUCAGUACUCAAGAUCCUUCUUCAGUCAAUGCUCAGCUUGCCUGUGGAAACAAUAUUGGUCAUACUGGAGAAAUCCUCAAUAUAAUGCAGUGAGAUUCUUUUUUACAACCGUCAUCGGGUUGAUGUUCGGUACAAUUUUCUGGGGUCUUGGGACCAAGACGGAUAGGACACAAGAUCUGUUUAAUGCUAUGGGUUCUAUGUAUGCUGCUGUUCUCUUUCUCGGUGUGCAAAAUACAUCCUCAGUUCAGCCACUAGUUGCUGUUGAACGAACGGUCUUUUAUAGAGAAAGAGCAGCUGGAAUGUAUUCUGCCUUGCCUUAUGCCUUUGGACAGAUUGUAAUUGAGAUCCCGUAUGUCCUUAUUCAGUCAAUCAUUUAUUCACUUCUUGUGUAUUCCAUGAUUGGGUUUGAAUGGACAACUGAGAAAUACUUUUGGUAUUUAUUCUUUACGUUCUUCUCAAUGUUAUACUUCACAUACUAUGGGAUGAUGACCGUGGCUAUAACUCCUAACCACAACAUCGCCGCUAUAAUUGGUUCUGCUUUCUACGGUUUAUGGAAUCUGUUCUCUGGUUUCGUUAUCCCAAGACCGAGAAUGGCUAUUUGGUGGAGAUGGUAUUACUGGGCAUGCCCCGUCGCUUGGUCAUUAUACGGACUAGUCGUUACACAGUUUGGAGAUAUACAAACCCCGCUCGAAACACAGGAAACUGUAGAACAAUUUUUAAAUAGUUACUUUGGAUUUAAAAAUAGCUUCCUACCAGUGGUUGCAGUUGUUAUUGUUGGCAUCAAUGUGUUCUUUGCUUUUGUCUUCGCCUUCGCCAUCAGAACACUUAACUUCCAGAAAAGAUAGUAAGAAAAUAAUGGUUCUCCGAAUCAGUACUAUAAGCAUUAAUGUAGAUUCCGAAGACAGAUACACUACUUUGGUUUCGGUUUUUUUAUUUCUGUAUUGUUUGUGGUAUAUAUUAUGUAACACGAACUGAAUUGUAUUUAUGUAAUGCUCACAGUAUCAUGAGAUGUUGAUUUUUUGUAUACAGUAGUAAAGUAGUGAAAGUUUUUACA